UAGAUGAUGGCAAGGGAGGGUGCGUGAUGGGCAACAGGCAACGAGAAGGGGAAAAAAAACUGCUGCUGAGAGCAGCUCGGAACCUUGGGACAGCAAUUAAUUCAGGCAAAGCUGGCACUCGACAGCCGCUCGGGCUCCGCUCACCAUGCGCUCUGUGUUGCUGAGGCUCCCGACUUUCGGCCGGCGAUGGUACCGGGGAUCGGUGCCUGGAACUCCGGCCGCCCGUCGCUCGAUUCGGACCGUGGAUCUGCGCAGCGACACAGUCACUAGCCCCAGCUCGGCCAUGCGGACGGCAAUGGCCUGCGCCAGAGUCGGCGAUGAUGGGUACGGCGAAGAUCCGACUGUAAACGAACUUCAGAACCGAGCUGCGGAGCUGUUUGGGAUGGAGGCUGCUUUGUUUGUACCCAGUGGAACAAUGGGGAAUCUGAUUUCAGUUAUGUGUCACUGCCGGGAGAGGGGAGUGGAGCUCGUUGUUGGUGAUGCGGCACACAUCCACCUCUUUGAACAGGGAGGCAGUGCACAGAUUGCGGGAAUUUAUUCACGUGUUAUAAGGAAUCUUCCGGAUGGGACUUUCGAUUUGAGUGAACUGGAAUCAAACAUUCGCCAUGAUUACCCUGACCUGCACGUAACCCGGACUAGCCUCAUUUGCCUGGAGAACACCCAGAAUAUGAAAGGGGGGCGAGUCCUGCCACUUUCCUUUCUCCAACAGGUACGAGACCUGGCUGACACCUAUAAUUUGCCAGUCCACAUGGAUGGAGCCCGUCUGAUGAACGCAGCAGUGGCUCUAGGUGUCGAUGUCUCUGAAAUCCUGCAGUACUGUGACUCCGUGUGUGUGUGCCUGUCCAAGAGUCUAGGAGCUCCGGUUGGCUCCGUCAUUGCCGGACGCAAGGACUUCAUCAAGCAAGCCCUGCGGCUGCGCAAGGUGCUGGGAGGAGGCAUGAGGCAGGCGGGGGUGCUGGCCGCGGCUGGGAUCAUCGCGCUUUCGGACAUGGCGGGGAGGCUGGAGGAAGACCACAGGAACACCAGGAGGUUUGCUGAAGGUAUUAAGAUGUACGCUACACCCUUCUGUGAGGUUGAUGUCAAUACUGUGGAGACAAACAUCCUAAUGUUUACCAUCAACCACCCCAGGAUCUCCCCGGAGGAAUUCUGCAACAAGAUGGAGCAGGUGUCCGAGGAGGAAGAGGUUGUGACGGGGCAUGGCAUGCGGGUGCUAAUGCUCCCAGUAUAUGGACGCACACUGCGUGCUGUGUGGCACCUGGAUGUAUCCGAGGAGGACACCAGCCUGGCCCUGGGGAAGCUGCGUUUUGUGGUCAAGAAACUAGAAGAACAAUAAGCCAAAGGCACCACACUUUACGCGCUCCAUCAUGGGAACAAGUACAGUAACUUUGUUCUAGUUAUCAAGUCUAGCACUCUGUGUAUGAUGGCAAUUGUUGUCGAGGAUCACAUUGCAAUGUGAACAAGCAACAGCUGGGUCAUGUGAUAAUGUGAACGUACGUGAAGUAAUCACUGACAUUUUUCAAACUGAGCUCUGUGAACUUUUAAAGUUCAAAGUAAACUUAUUAUGAAUUAGUAAGGUACACUGUGAGAUUAAUUUUCUUCGUCAUUCACAGUAAUACAACAGAAUCAAUGAAAAACUGCACACAAAGACUUUCAAGAAACCAAUGUUGAAAAAGAAGACAAACUGCAAAUACAAAAAUAAAUAAGUAAAUAGUAAAUAAACAAUACUGAGAAUGAGAGGUGUGAAGUCCUUGAAAAUGAGUCCAUAGGUUGUGGAACCCGUUCGGUGAUGAGGUGAGUGAAGUCAUCCGCGCUGGUCCAGGAGCCUGAUGGUUGAAGGGUAAUCACUGUUAGUGAACCUGGUGGUGUGGGACCUAAUGCUCCUGUACCUCCUUCCUGAUGACAGCAGAGAGCAUGGCCUGGAUGGUGGGGGUCCUUGAUGAUGGACGCUGCUUUGUUAUCCAGCCUUACCGUGUAGAUGUGCUCAGUGGUGGGCAGGGCUUUUCCUCUGAUGGACUGGGCUGUAUCUAGCACUUGUAUGCUUUGACAAGAAUGUCUGUACUGUAGCUGCGUCAGAUAGUUCCAAAUCUACAGGGGUCUCACUCCAAGACGCAUGAGGUCUGACUAAUGAAUCUGAAAUACACUUAUUUCAGUUUAUCUGAAAUAAACUGAUUUUAUAGACUCGCUUCGUACUUUAGCAAAGCCCACAGGCUGGAGAUCACUGCCAUAUGAGGAUCACUGUGUCCAAAUCAAUACAGUGUUCUGUGCCCUUGUGAUGAGUCAUCAUACCUCAGGGUGUAGUCAUGCAAAAUGAAGAGUCCUUAUCUCUCUACUGUGCCUCUGGUACUGUGUUUUAAAGUUAAAUCAUUUAUCUCCCCACUUUGCAAGAUGAGAAAUUGAAAGGAGUCAAUAUAUUACUGACAAAAGUACAUAAAAUAUCUAAAAGUCUGGUUUAAAUACUGUUUAAAAAAAUCAAUUGGAAGCCUUCUUUAAAACACUCGAACAGUGGAAGCAGAAUCAUAUGCCUCAAAGAGAAGAGAUUCUGCAGAUGCUGGAAAUCCGGAAUAACACACACAAAAUGCUGGAGGAACUCAGCAGGUCAGGCAGCAUCUGCGAAGAGGAAUGAAGAGCCGAUGUUUCGGGCCGAGACCCUUCAUCAGGACUGGGAAGGAAAGGGGGGGAAAAGGCAGAAUAAGAAAAUGGGGGAUUAUGGUGUGAACCUUCAAGUUAAUGUGUCUAGUGGUGCUCAGGUAUCUUCUCAUCCCGUCUGUUUUUAUUUCAGCUCUGUGAGCUUCUUGCUGUCCCGACACUUUUCAGUUCCUCUAUUAAAAUGUUUAUUUAUCUACACUUUGGAAAUGAGAUGAAUUAGUUAGAUGGUGUGGAAUGUACUGACAAUCUGGAGCAGUUGCACCAAGCUCUGCCUCUAUGUGAGCACCACACAUUAUCAUUUGAUCAGCUCCUUACACGGUUAUGUUACUGCCUGUGCUCGGUAUGGCCAGUGAACUGUCUGACUAAUCUGCUUCAUUAUAUCAGUGUACACACUUUGGCCAAUUUAUUAGCUACACCUGCUUGUUAAUGCAAUUAUGUAAUCUGCCAAUCCUGUGGCAGCAACUCGGUGCAUAAAAGCAUGCAGACAUGGUCGAGAGGUUCAAUUGUUGUUCAGACUAAACACCAGAAUGGGGAAGAAAUGUAAUUUAAGUGACUUUGGCCAUGGAAUGAUUGUUGGUGCCAGAUGGAGUGGUUUGAGUAUUUCAGAAACUGCUAAACUUCUGGAAAUUUAACGCACAACCGUCUCUUUUCUUUUAGUUAGUAGGGUUUUUUUUCUCUUAGUUAGUAGGGUUCUUUUUUUUUCUUUUUUCUUUCAAAAAAUAUUCUUAACACUUUAUUUUUUUCUUAUUAUUGAUAUAUUGCUUAACUUUGUUAAUCAGUUAGUUGCUAAUUUAAUUCUUCAUUGUACAUAUUGACUUGAUUACCUUAAUGUAUUUUUUGUUGAUCUUUAAUAAUAAUUAAUAAAAAACGAUUUUAAAAAUGAACAGUGUGAAAAGCAAAAAAACAACAAAGAGUAAGUGACAGUUCUGGGGAGAUACGACCUUGUUAAUGAGAGAGGUCAGGGGAGAAUGGUCAGACUGGUUCAAGCUGACAGGAAGGCGACAGUAACUCAAAUAACCAGGUGUUGCAACAGUGUUGUGCAGAAGAGCAUCUCCGAAUGUACACACGUCAAACCUUGAAGUGGAUGGGCUACAGCAGCAGAAAACCAAAAACAUACGCUCAGUGGCCAAUUCGUUAGAUAUAGGAGUACCUAAUAAAGUAGCCA